AUGUAAUCUAUCUUUAUUAUAAUUGAUAUUACACCAUAAAUCAUUGCAAUGGGAUAUCCAGCAGACAAUUUUGAGUCGUUGUAUCGAAAUUCAUUGGAAGAAGUUUAGAGAUUUUUGAAUACAAGACAUCCAGAGAAAUACAAGGUUAUUAAUCUGUGUUCAGAAAGACAAUAUAGACAUGAUUUGUUUUAUAAGGUUGUUGAAUUUCCCUUUGAGGAUCAUUAGCCUCCUCCUUUCUAAAUUAUAUUACCAUUUUGUUUGACCGUAUCAAAAUGGUUAAAAAAGCAAGAUCGAGUUGUAGCCGUACAUUGCAAAGCGGGUAAAGGAAGAACAGGAACGAUGAUAAGCUGCUAUUUACUCUUCUCAAAAUAAUAUGAUUCAUCAAAGGAUGCUCUAAAAUAUUAUGCAAUGAUUAGAACAUAAAAUUAGGAAGGAGUAACAAUACCCAGUUAAGCAAGAUAUGUUGAGUAUUUUAAUAUUGCUCUAAAAAUGAAUUUAUUGUACGUUCCAGCAAAAACAGUGGAGUUAAUAGAGGUUAGAUUAGUCGGAAUACCAAAUUUCGGUAUUUUUGGAGGAUGUAGUAAGAUAUUUAAGUUUAUUAUCGUAGAACCUUUUAUAAGAAUAUAGAAUGAAAAUAAAUAAUUAAUCUAAUAACCAACAAUAUUGACUAAUUAGGAUCAAUAGAAAUAGUACAGUGCCAUAUUCAAAUUUUAAGGAGUUUACUUAAGUGGAGAUGUAGUAGUGCAAUUUUUCCAUAAAUCAAUUGUUUUAGAAGAGAAAAUGUUUUAGGCGUGGCUUAACACUUCUUUUGUUAUUAUGAGUCCAUAACUCUAAAUUUUUAAACGUGAUGAGUUGGAUGGAGUAGGCAAAGAUAAACAAUUUAAGAAAUUUCCUAUCAAUUUUAGCCUGGAAAUUCUGUUUGAUAAAGUUGUCGCUAUUCGUAGAAGAUCAGAUUGUAUAAAAUGA